CAAACAUGACCCCUUUAAUUUAUUUUAAAAAAUAUAUAAUUAUUUUGGUUUCUCUGUCUUCCCAAGUUUCCGAAACGUUUUGCAAACAUGGAGAGCGCAACUAGCACUGCUUCUGCUUGAAAAAUGGAGGCCCGAAGGCUCGCCAUUAUCUGCUCCCAUAUCCGACCCGGUUUGGUUCCGGGUACGACCCGAUUAGCUCCCGUUUCUAGGUCCAAUUGCCAUUCCUGUUUGAACAGUAAGCAGUGGCCCAGUGGCUCCGACGAGGGGAAUAGCCAAAACGGCUGCGUUUUCUGUAAAAUUAUUCGCGGCGAGUCACCCGCUUUCAAGCUCUACGAAGAUGAUGUUUGCUUGUGCAUAUUGGAUACGAAUCCUCUGAGUAGUGGUAGAAAUGCAAGUGUUUGUGUCAAUUUUGCCGACGUUUCCUAUGUAUUGCAUUCUCUGGUUAUCCCCAAAUCGCAUUUUUCUUCGUUGAAAGCCACACCUCCGGAUGUGGUAGCUGCAAUGUGUUCAAAAGUGCCCUUUAUCAGCAGCGCAAUCAUGAAAGCCACUGGUUCUGAUUCGUUCAGCUUGUUGGUUAACAACGGUACAGCUGCAGGCCAAGUUAUAUUUCAUACUCAUAUUCACAUAAUACCGCGCAAGGCCCUUGAUAGCCUCUGGGCUUCUGAGGGUUUGCGGAGGCGGCCCCUGAACUUAGAUCGGGAAGCAUCUCGACUUGCAGAUCGUGUUCGAGAGCAACUGUCGUUAUCAGAAAACUCCAAGAACAGCAAAGGUGAAGGAUCUGGUCUUACCGAAAACUAGGUGCAUAUUUCAUCCGAUCACGACGUAAUUUUCACUGUACAAUUAUGUGCAAUAUACAUACUUUAGUUCUUCUAAACGUUUAGUAUGUGGAGUAUGCAUCACGCGUAAAAAUCAGGAAACAAAAGCGUAAUCUCAAUUAAUUAGCAAUUAGCGUUGCAUAAUGAUACGGCAAACUUAAAUCCUUCCUCUUGUGAAACUUGCUUCUACGUCACUCAAUAUAUGUCCCCUAACUUCAAUCUAA